AUGUAUCGCGCAUCUCAACCAUCAGGAUUUACACCUUUCCUCUCGCCCAUGACUGUUCCUCCAGGAUGCAAGGAGACGGCUCUCAAACACUCCAGAGUCCUUCGCAUGACAGCUCGUCUCGGUCUACCCCUCAGAUUCGGCAUCGUCGGAAACCAGGCGAUUCUCGAUACUAGCUUGGAGCCAGAAAUACGGGAACACCAGGAGAAUCCAGGCCUCGCUGGAACCGCUUGCAACGCCGUAUUGAAGCAUCUCUCCAUCAAUAAAUCUCCUGUGGACAAGACCAUUGCCUUCAACGACGUUCCGGGACUUCCAAACCCUGUCAUCAUGCUCGGUCGUAUGGAUGAUGGUGAUUAUCUGAAUAUCGAGGACGUGCAUGCGAUGUGGGCGUUCAUUGACGAAGCAAUGACGAACUCUAUGGCGAAGGAGCAGCACGCUACAGACUCCGAGUCCCUGAGUCGUAGCUAUGAAUCCUUUCACGCUCACAUGACGCCGGAGAAUUUCAUCAAGUUCUGGGAGGAUGAGAAGAAGUGUCCUGAUUUUCCCAGGGGAAAGUUGCAGUGUCCGGUCAGUCUGGCUUGCAAGGCUUGUGGGAAGAUUGAAGAGGGGAAGAUGAUGCGGUGUGGAAAGUGUGAGGUGGUGAAGUAUUGUGGUGUGGAUUGUCAGAAGCUCCAUUGGAGUGCUCACAAGCUGGUUUGUUCGAAGCAUUAG